UGUCCGCUCUCAAUUGAUCUAAGGUUGCUUCCACUAUGGCUGUGUUACCGCUGGAGCACUACAUUCCACAGAUUGUGAAGGAUAAGGUGUCGCCAAGGGCGUGGGGAACCCUGGAAAGGGUGAAACAGUUUGUCGAGCAGGACUGUAUCCCAGCAGAUGAGAUAUACUUCUCACAGGUGUCGUCGGACCCAGCGCUGCGCUGGAAGUCCGUCCCGCCAAUCAUCGAGACUCUGAAAGCAAGGGCAAAGGAACUGGGGCUGUGGAACUUGUUCCUGGCCGGCUAUGAUGAAGGGCCAGGCUACACCAACUUGGAGUAUGGCCUGAUGGCGCAGUUUCUGGGAAGAGCGCAUACCGCCCCAGAGGCCACCAACACAAGCGCCCCAGAUACUGGGAACAUGGAGCUGUUUGUUAAGUAUGCGACUCAGGCGCAGAGAGAAAGGUGGUUGAAACCGUUGAUGAACGGUGAUCUACGCUCUGCGUUUCUCAUGACUGAGAAGGGCGUCUCGUCUUCCAAUGCGCUCAACAUUUCCCUGAGCGCUAGGAAAGUUGGGAACGGUGAAGUUGAGCUCCAUGGAACCAAAUGGUUUGCGUCAGGUGCGGGCGAUCCACGGUGUUCUGUGUGGCUUGUUAUGGCCUUAACGAACCCGGAGAACAAGGACCCUUAUAAGCGUCACUCAGUGCUGGUUAUUGACACGAAGGAGGCACUGAAGCAGGCGGACAAGGUGCGUGUUGUGCGCCCGCUUGAGGUGUUUGGCUUUGACGAUGCUCCUCACGGGCAUUGUGAGAUCGAGUUUAAGGGUCUUCGGGUCCCGUAUGACGUGUUGGACAGUGAAGGGGAAGGCUUUAAGCUGAUCCAGAGCAGAUUGGGCCCUGGUAGAAUCCACCACUGCAUGAGAAUUAUCGGCAUGGGCGAAGAGGCUAUACAGCAGGCUGUCAAGCGUGCCUCAUACCGCAAGAUCUUUGGUCAACUGUUCUUGAAGAAGGAGGCAUUCAUCUCCAACGUUGCGGAGAGAAGAAUCUCACUGGAGAGGGUUAAGCUGUUGGUUCUACAGGCAGCGUUGGCAAUUGAUCAAAAGGGUGCUAAAGAUGCAAAGCGAGAGAUUGCUUUGGCCAAGAUUGACGCCCCAAGAACUGUUCUGGAGAUUAUCGAUUGGGCUGUCCAGGUCUACGGAGGUGAAGGUGUGUCUCAAGACACACCACUAACAAGGCUUUGGAUAUACGCAAGAAUGUGUAGAAUUGCGGAUGGCCCAGAUGAAGCUCACUUGGAUCAACUCGGUAAAGCAGAGUGUAAGAAGGCAGAUAUGAUCAACGAGUUUUAUAACUCCGUAGAGGGAAACAGAGAGAGAUUGUUAAAGCUCUAAGCUGUGCUGGUUUCCAGCCUAUGUAUAAAAUCAACUAAAUGAUACGUUUCUAUACUCGAUGAUGUAUUAUAAGACAUAAAGACAAGAAAAGCUUUUUCAAAGU